AUGUCGGCAGUCUCCCUUCGUUUUUUGCUUACUUGGGUAAACAAGCUAAAACCUAGUGGCGAAAAAACAUAUACUGCAACUUCUGAAACCAUCGCUACAUCAAUAUCUUUAUUAUUAACACCUCAAUGUACACAAAUAACUACCAUUAGAAAUAUUCAAUCGAUGUCAGAUGAAGAGUAUAUAUCAUUCAACUGUAAAAUAAUCGAUAUAGGUUAUGUAAGAAUUUCAUCUUAUCUUACUGUAGUUCACCGUUACAAUUUAUUUUCUUCUGUUGAGGAUGAAGCUGUCGUCUUUAACAAUGCACAAAAGCGAGUUCAAAAACUCAAAAGAACUACGAUAGUAGCUGAUAAAAGUGAUUUUAUUAAUAUGAAUAUAUGGGAAAAUAAUUUUGAUUCAAUAAAAAAAGAUCAAUGUUAUUUAAUUAAAUUAGCAAAAGUCAAAAUAUUCAAUGAUGAGCUAUCAAUAACAACAACAACACAUACAAAAUUUGAACCUAUCGAAGAUAUUCCUGAUGUUAUGGGUUGUAAUUCUAUUCAAAUCAUACAAGAAUCAACAAUAGUCGGUGUGAUAUCUUCAAUUGGAUUAAUAGAACAACGUUGUAUCUGUCCAAAGUGUUACUCAUCGAAUGUUGAAUGUAAUAAUAAAACCGUAAGAUGCAUAGCAUGCAAAUCAAAAUCAUUAUAUAUAAAACAUUCAGUUGAACAAAAACAAAUGAAACUUAAUGUUAUAGAUACUAAUCAGAAGACAUUUGCAUUUGUUAUCAAAACAUCUCAAAUUGAAGCUUUAUUAGAAGAAUGCAAUCAUCAUGAACUUUGUCAAAAUGAUUUAAUUGAAGACGAAAAUGUUUUACUUGCAUUAUCUUUGAUAAAUAUCUUAAUUAACUUUAAUCCUAAAACUGAAUAUAAAUACUAUCACAUUAAAUAA